AUGAUUCAAUCUGGAAACCGUGGAUUCAACCGCCGAGGCUCUCAGCUCUCUGUGAAAGCCAACCCCAUUGCCGCUGACGAAGAGCUUCAGUCCCUUCUUGGGGACUUGGAUAGCAUCCUGGCACCGGAGCACAAGGAUCAAUUCAACAGAUGGCAGACAAGUUUCUUGAAACGUUUGGAGUUCUUUUUGGACCAGGACGGGAUCAACAAGGCAACUGAAACGGACAAGUCUGUCCUCCUCCGGAUGGCUACCUUCAACAAAGCGGUUGCCAAGGUCCAAGCAUGCGUGGAUGACGGGUCCCUUCAGGUGGACAAGAAUGUGGGCGUCCGUGCCAUGAAUGCUGUCAACCGUCUCAAGGAGGAAUGUGUGGAUUGUGAACAGCGCCUCAAGAAGAUGCUUCCAGGUUCAUUUGCAGAGUCCAAGGCUUGCGGCUACGACAAGUUCCAAAUGGGAGCCGUGCUCGUCCGAGAUGGCUUUGAAGUCUACGGCCACAUCAUGAAGCAGGCUCGUCAUCUGCAAGACUUGAAAACUGUGCUUCAGCAGGUGGUGGAUCGCCAGAUCGUGGACGCCAUCACGUACUAUCAAAAGCAGAUCCAGUCGCUCUGCGAUGUCAUGGCCGACCUGGGAUUGAUGAAAGUCAUGAUCAAGGCUCGGGUGUUUGCAGGGGAUCAGAAGAUCAUUGCAGAAAGCCCAAACCUGCGCCUCAGUGACUCUCUCCACAGCCUCAAGUCGAACUCGUCGAAUCAUAGCAGCACAAGCAGCAGCAGCAAGCCUGACCAGACCGAGCGGACUGAAGACGAGACAAACUCAUCAUACGAGGAAGAAUCUGACUCCUCGGGCUCCGACUCGGACUCCGAUUCAGACUCGGACUCGGACUCUGAUUCAGACUCCGGCUCGGAAUCAGACUCGGACUCUGAUUCAGACUCGGAAUCGGAAGGAUCUGACUUUGAAUUUGGAGAAGAAGGAGACGAAGGUUCUACAGACCUGAAGCCCCCUAGCAGCAGCGUAAAGAGGAGGGAGAGAGCCGCCACUAUGAGAGCCAAAAUGGAAGCGGCCAAGAAGGAGCCCGUACCUGCUCAAGUCCUACCUGUCAAGGAAGGAUCUAAGAAGAUGAAAACGAAGAAGAAGAAGAAGCCAGCUCUCAAGAAGAAAAAGGUGACAACGACCAAAAAGAAGAAGGCCCCGGUUGGAUCCCCAAAGGCAGAAGAAAAACCGUUGUCCCCAGGAACAGAAGAAAAACCAUUGCCCACCAAGAAGAAAGUCGACCAAGAAGAGAGUAAAGAAAACAAGAAGAACGUAAAGAAAACGAAGAAAACGAAGAACGCGAAGAAAGCAAAGAAGGCAAAAGUUGCAGCACUCAAAAAGAAGGCCGAGGGCGAGGCCGAGGCCAUGGAAAAGGAAGUCGAGGCUGAGGAGGAAAUUCAACCACAGCCGGUUGUCAGGCCCAAGAAAAAAAGCCUAGCUCGGUCGAAGUCGAUCCCAUCUGAAAACGCCAUGGAUGCAAUUGCCACCGUGAGGGCUGGCAAGGCAGGCAAAAAACGCAAAACCCUGCCAAAGCGUUCCCUUAGUUCUCCCGGGAUGGUGGCACCGUCCGGGGGAAAGAACACUGCUUCGCCCGUCCCCGCCAAGAACGGCACUGGUGGCAAACCCAACGAAUGCAGUCCGCAGCCAUCUGCAUCAUCGAAGCCUGUACAGCCCAAGACAACUGAAGAUGCGGCCCAGCCCGAAAAGACACCAACGAUGAAGUCGAAGGGUGUUGGGUCAAAGCCAGUUCCCACCAAACAGGAUGACCCUGCCUCAAAGCCGCAAGCUGCCAAGAAGUCCCCACUAACAAAGGCUCCGGCUCAGCCAAAGCAAAGCGACCCAUCUUUGAAGCCACCUUCUUCCCAAAAUCCCUUAGCUGCAAACCUUCCUCAGCCAACACAGUCAAACCCAGUGGCUCAGCCUCGGGAUAGCCUGGAAACAACUCCUUCCAAACCUCCAACUUCCACUUCUCCUUCCUUGCAAGCAGCUGCCGAACCCAUGCCCAGCAAUGCCCCCUUGCCUUUGCAGACUACUCAACCCAAGAAACCAAGCCUGCCCGUUGUUAUGGACCCCUACACUCCUGCUCCGAAACCAAGCCAAAAGAGUCCUGCUCCGGUUGUUACGGACCCCUACACUCCUGCUCCGAAACCAAGCCAAAAGAGUCCUGCUCCGGUUGUUACGGACCCCUACACUCCUGCUCCGAAACCAAGCCAAAAGCCUCCUGCUGCUUCUGCAAACAAGAAUGACGAGGUACCUUACAUCAUCUUCUUUGACCCCACAACCAAGAGUACGGGAACUUUCUCACGCCAGCAGUGCAUUGAUCUUGGAUUGAUCACUCUGUCUAAUGACAAGUCCGGUAUGGAGAUCAUCAAGGAAGCAGUCUCAGAACCCAGGAAGAAGCAGACCUUGUUUCAAAAGAUCACAAGAGGAUGGUUGGGGCGAUAAUUGCUACUAGCUGGCUUCCCUGUCUGGCUGUGCACCGAUGCAUGCCAUACAUACACGUAUUUUAUAUUCUAGAGAAUUCUAUAAGAAUGAACACCUUUAUAUCUAUCUUUCUGC